GUACUCAUCACAGUCAACUGUCUGAGUACAGAGUUCUCCUGCCAGAAGGGGGUGAAGGGCAUGCCUCUGAUGAUCCAGAUAGACACCUACAGCUAUAACCACCGCUCCGACACACCCACACACAGAGCCUUCUCUGAGAUCAAGGUCUUCUGUGACAAGGUGAAUCUCUCUCUCUGACCUCUAACCCUAACCCUCCACAGAGCCUUCUCUGAGAUCAAGGUCUUCUGUGACAAGGUGAGUCUCUCUCUCUGACCUCUAACCCUAACCCUCCACAGAGCCUUCUCUGAGAUCAAGGUCUUCUGUGACAAGGUGAGUCUCUCUCUCUGACCUCUAACCCUAACCCUCCACAGAGCCUUCUCUGAGAUCAAGGUCUUCUGUGACAAGGUGAGUCUCUCUCUCUGACCUCUAACCCUAACCCUCCACAGAGCCUUCUCUGAGAUCAAGGUCUUCUGUGACAAGGUGAAUCUCUCUCUCUGACCUCUAACCCUAACCCUCCACAGAGCCUUCUCUGAGAUCAAGGUAUUCUGUGACAAGGUGAGUCUCUCUCUCUGACCUCUAACCCUAACCCUCCACAGAGCCUUCUCUGAGAUCAAGGUCUUCUGUGACAAGGUGAGUCUCUCUCUCUGACCUCUAACCCUAACCCUCCACAGAGCCUUCUCUGAGAUCAAGGUCUUCUGUGACAAGGUGAGUCUCUCUCUCUGACCUCUAACCCUAACCCUCCACAGAGCCUUCUCUGAGAUCAAGGUCUUCUGUGACAAGAUGAGUUUCUCUCUCUGACCUGUAACCCUAACCCUCCACAGAGCCUUCUUUCAGAUGGGAGGUGGGCUGGACUGGGGGUUGGCUGGGGAGAUGUGAGGUGGGCUGUACUGGGGUGGGCUGGGGAGAUGGGAGGUGGGCUGGACUGGGGGUUGGGUGGGGAGAUUGGAGAUGGGCUGGACUGGGGGUUGGGAGAUGUGAAGUGGGCUGGACUGGUUGUGGACUGGGGAGAUGUGAGGUGGGCUGAAAAGGGAAUUUAUAGUGUUUUUAUAUCGCUUUAAUAGUGUUUUUCCAGGUUUGAGCAUGAUAAUGGAUAUGUUAUAUAUAUAUAUAUAUAUAUACACACACACACACAUACAUACACACAUACAGUACCAGUCAAAAGUUUGGACACACCUACUCAUUCAAGGGUUUUUAUUUAUUUGUACUAUUUUCUACAUUUUAGAAUAGUGAAGACAUCAAAGCUAUAAAAUAACAUAUGGAAUCAUGUAGUAACCAAAAAAGAGUGUGCAAAGCUGUCAUCAAGGCAACGGGUGGAUACUUUGAAGAAACUCAAAUAUAAAAUAUAUUUGUAUAUGUUUAACACUUUUUUGGUUACUACAUGAUUCCAUAUGUGUUAUUUCUGUCACGAUCGUCAAAAGGAGCGGACCAAUGCGCAGCGUUGCGAGUGAACAUGAUGACUUUUAUUAAAUAAAGCACAACACGAGAAAACAACAAAUGACGAUACGUGAAGUCCUCUGUGACACCGACAGAACAUAGAACACUGGAACAGGAACAAUAACCCACAAAACAAAGGUGAAAACUGACAGUUUAAAUAUGGCUCCCAAUCAGAGAUAACGAGCCGACAGCUGACACUCGUUACCUCCGAUUGGGAGUCAUUGACUACAACAUACAACCACCUAGAAAAACAACCCACAGACCUGCAAACAUAGAAAUACACCCGACAGAACUACCAACAUAGAAAAACACCCAAAUCCCCAACAAAACAACAUACACUCUAGCUCACAUACAAAAGUCCUAGAGCCAGAGUGUCACAGUACCCCCCCCUAAAGGUGCGAACUCCGGGCGCACCAACAUCAGGACUAGGGGAGGGUCUGGGUGGGCGUCUGUCCACGGUGGCGGCUCUGGCCCCGGUCGUGAUCCCCACCCCACCACAGUCACAACCUGCUUCGGUAGCCUCCUCCCAAUGACCACCCUCCAACUAACCCCACCUGGACUAAGGGGCAACACCGGACUAAGGGGCAGCAUCGGCCUAAGGGGCAGCACCGGGAUAAGGGGCAGCACCGGGAUAAGGGGCAGCACCGGACUAAGGGGCAGCACCGGACUACGGGGCAGCACCGGACUACGGGGCAGUACCGGACUAAGGGGCAGUACCGGACUAAGGGGCAGUACCAGGCUAAGGGACAGCACCAGGAUAAGGGACAGCACCAGGAUAAGGAGCAACACCGAGCUAAGGGGCAGCACCUGACUAAAUGGCGGAUCCUGGCUGGCUGGCUCUGGCGGAUCCUGGCUGGCUGGCGGAUCCUGGCUGGACGGCUCUGGCGGAUCCCGGCUGGACGGCUCUGGCGGAUCCCGGCUGGACGGCUCUGGCGGAUCCCGGCUGGACGGCUCUGGCGGAUCCCGGCUGGACGGCUCUGGCGGAUCCUGGCUGGACGGCUCAUGGCUGGCUGACGGAUCUGGCUGCUCAUGGCUGGCUGACGGAUCUGGCUGCUCAUGGCUGGCUGACGGAUCUGGCUGCUCAUGGCUGGCUGACGGAUCUGGCUGCUCAUGGCUGGCUGACGGAUCUGGCUGCUCAUGGCUGGCUGACGGAUCUGGCUGCUCAUGGCUGGCUGACGGAUCUGGCUGCUCAUGGCCGACUGACGGAUCUGGCUGAUCCUGUCUGGCGGAAGGCUCUGGCUGAUCCUGUCUGGCAGAAGGCUCUGGCUGAUCCUGUCUGGCAGAAGGCUCUGGCUGAUCCUGUCUGGCAGAAGGCUCUGGCUGAUCCUGUCUGGCGGAAGGCUCUGGCUGAUCCUGUCUGGCGGAAGGCUCUAGCGGCUCCGGUCUGGCGGACGGCUCUGAUGGCUCAUGGCAGACGGGCGGCUUUGCAGGCUUUGGGCAGACGGGCAGUUCAGGCCCCGUUGGGCAGACGGCAGACUCUGGCCGUCUGAGGCGCAUCGUAGGCCUGGUGCGUGGUGCCGGAACAGGAGGUACCGGGCUGAGGACACGCAUCUCAGGGCUAGUGCGGGGAGAAGCAACAGGGCAUGCUGGACCCUGGGGACGCACCGUAGGCCUGAUGCGUGGUGCCGGAACUGGAGGUACCGGGCUGAGGACACGCAUCUCAGGGCUAGUGCGGGAAGCAGCAACAGGGCAUGCUUGGCCCUGGGGACGCACCGUAGGCCUGAUGCGUGGUGCCGGAACUGGAGGUACCGGGCUGAGGACACGCAUCUCAGGGCUAGUGCGGGAAGUCGGAACAGGGCAUGCUGGACCCUGGGGACUCCCAUAACGCCUAGUGCGGGGAGCCGGAACAGGGCAUGCUGGACCCUGGGGACUCACCUCACGCCUAGUGCGGAGAGCAGGAACAGGCCGGGCUGGGCUGGCGACGCGCACCGUAUCCCUGGUGCGAGUGGCCGGAACAGGCCGGGCCGGGCUGGCGGAGCGCACCGUAUCCCUGGUGCGUGGAGUAGGAACAGGCCGGGCUGGGCUGGCGAAGCGCACCGUAUCCCUGGUGCGUGGAGUAGGAACAGGCCGGGCUGAGCUGGCGACGCGCACCGUAUCCCUGGUGCGAGUGGCCGGAACAGGCCGGGCCGGGCUGGCGACGCGCACCGCAUCCCUGGUGCGAGUGGCCGGAAUAGGCCGGACCGGACUGGCAAAGCACACCGUGGACCUGGUGCUUGGAGUAGGAACAGGCCGGUCCGUACCGGGAACACACACCACUGGCCUCAACCGAGGAUCAGGAACGGGCCGGACCGGACUGGCAACACACAUCAGUCCUUCACGCCGUGCCACACACACUUCCCUCCUUCUACUCGCCAAUGACUCCCGUACUCCGUUAGCCUUCUCUCCUUUUCUCCCUGUGGCAGCCUCCUGCUGCCCAGCUGCCCAAGCCAUGUGCCCCCCCCAAAAAAUUUCUUGGGGUUGCCUCUCGUCCUUCCGACGAAAAACCUGCUGCCGCCGAUGCUCCUCUCUCGCCAGGGCCUUGAUCUUCCCCCAAGGUCCCUUGCCCCCGAGCAUGUCCUCCCAGGACCACGAUUUGCCCACCUGGGCCAUCGCCAGCCUCUCGAUCUCCUUACCCGGCGCCUCCACCCAUGUCCAGUCUCUUUGCUCCUGUACACGCUGCUUGGUCCUUUUAUGGUGGGUUAUUCUGUCACGAUCGUCUAAAGGAGCGGACCAAUGCGCAGCGUUGCGAGUGAACAUGAUGACUUUUAUUAAAUAAAGCACAACACGAGAAAACAACAAAUGACGAUACGUUAAGUCCUCUGUGACACCGACAGAACAUAGAACACUGGAACAGGAACAAUAACCCACAAAACAAAGGUGAAAACUGACAGUUUAAAUAUGGCUCCCAAUCAGAGAUAACGAGCCGACAGCUGACACUCGUUACCUCCGAUUGGGAGUCAUUGACUACAACAUACAACCACCUAGAAAAACAACCCACAGACCUGCAAACAUAGAAAUACACCCGACAGAACUACCAACAUAGAAAAACACCCAAAUCCCCAACAAAACAACAUACACUCUAGCUCACAUACAAAAGUCCUAGAGCCAGAGUGUCACAAUUUCAUAGUUUUGAUGUCUUCACUAUUAUUCUACAAUGUAGAAAAUAGUAAAAAUAAAGAAAAACCCUUGAAUGAGUAGGUGUCGAAACUUUUGACUGUGCAUUCGGAAAGUAUUCAGACCCCUUGACUUUUUCCACAUUUUGUUACGUUACAGCCUUAUUCUAAAAUUGAUUAAAUGGUUUUUUUCCCUUUAUCAUACACACAAUGCCCCAUAAUGACAAAGCAAAAACAGGUUUUUAGAAAUCUUUGUAACUGUACUAAAAAUAACCCUUUACUCAGUACUUUGUUGAAGCACCUUUGGCAGCGAUUACAGCCUCAAGUCUUCUUGGGUAUGACGCUACAAGCUUGGCACACCUGUAUUUGGGGAGUUUCUCCCAUUCUUCUCUGCAGAUCCUCUCAAGCUCUGUCUGGUUGGAUGGGGAGUGUCGCUGCACAGCUAUUUUCAGAGAUAUUAGAUUGGGUUCAAGUCCAGGUUUUCAUCAAGGAUCUGUCAGAACUUUGCUCCGUUCACCUUUCCCUUGAUCCUGACUAGUCUCCCAGUCCCUGCCGCUGAAAAACAUCCCCACAGCAUGAUGCUGCCACCACCAUGGUUCGCCGUAGGGAUGCUGCCAGGUUUCCUCCAGAUGUGAUGCUUGGCAUUCAGGCCAAAGAGUUCAAUCUUGGUUUCAUCAGACCAGAGAAUCUUGUUUCUCAUGGUCUGAGAGUCUUUAGGUGCCUUUUGGCAAACUCCAAGCGGGCUGUCAUGUGCCUUUUACAGAGGAGUGGCUUUCGUCUGACCACUCUACCUGAAAGGCCUGAUUGGUGGAGUGCUGCAAAGAUGGUUGUCCUUCUGGAAGGUUCUCCCAUCUCCACAGAGGAACUCUGGAGCUCUGUCUGUGACCAUUGGGUUCUUGGUCACCUCCCUGACCAAGGCCCUUCUCCCCUCAUUACUCAGUUUGUCCGGGUGGCCAGCUCUAGGAAGAGUCUUGGUGGUUCCAAAAUUCUUCCAUUUAAGAAUGUUGGAGGCCACUGUGUUCUUGGAGACCUUCAAUGCUGCAGAAAUGUUUUGGUACCCUUCCCCAGAUCUGUGCCUCGACACAAUCCUGUUUCGGCGCUCUAUGGGGCGUCUAUUAAUAUGGAGUUGGUCCUCCCCUUUGCUGCUAUAACAGCCUCCACUCUGGGAAGGCUUUCCUCUAGAUGUUGGAACAUUGCUGCGUGGACUUGCUUCCAUUCAGCCACAAGAGCAUUAGUGAGGUCGGGCACUGAUGUUGGGCGAUUAGGCCUGGCUCACAGUUGGCAUUCCAAUUCAUUCCAAAGGUGAUCGAUGGGGUUGAGGUCAGGGCUCUGUGCAGGCUAGUCAAGUUCUUCCACACCAUUUCUGUAUGGACCUCACUUUGUCAUGCUGAAACAGGAAAGGGCCUUCCCCAAACUGUUGCCACAAAGUUGGAAGCACAGAAUCGUCUAGAAUGUCAUUGUAUGCUGUAGCGUUAAGAUUUCCCUUCACUGGAACUAAGGGGCCUAGCCCGAACCAUGAAAAACAGCCCCAGACCAUUAUUCCUCCUCCACCAAACUUUACAGUUGGCACUAUGCAUUGGGGCAGGUAGCGUUCUUCUGGCAUCCACCAAACCCAGAUUCGUCCGUCGGACUGCCAGAUGGUGAAGCGUGAUUCAUCACUCCAGAGAACGUGUUUCCACUGCUCCAGAGUCCAAUGGCAGCGAGCUUUACACCCCUCCAGCCGACGCUUCACAUUGCGUUUUUGUGAUCUAAGGCUUGUGUGUGGCUGCCUGGCCAUGGAAACCCAUUUCAUGAAGCUCCCGACGAACAGUUCUUGUACUGACGUUGCUUCCAGAGGCAGUUUGGAACUCGGUAGUGAGUGUUGCAACCGAGGACAGACGAUUUUUACGCGCUACGCGCUUCAGCACUCGGCAGUCCAGUUCUGUGAGCUUCUUUGGCCUACCACUUCGCGGCUGAGUCGUUGUUGCUUCUAGAUGUUUCCACUUCACAAUAACAACACUUACAGUUGACUGGGGCAGAUCUAGCAGGGCAGAAAUUUGACAAACUGACUUGUUGGAAAGGUGGCAUCCUGUGACAGUGCCACGUUGAAAGUCACUGAGCUCUUCAGUAAGGCAAUUCUACUGCCAAUGUUUGUCUAUGGAGAUUGCAUGGCUGUGUGCUCGAUUUUAUACACCUGUCAGCAACGGGUGUGGCUGAAAUAGCCGAAUCCACUAAUUUGAAGGGGUGUCCACAUACCUUUUGUAUAUAUAGUGUAUUUGGGCCUAUUUUGAUUAAAAUAAAAAAGCGUUGAUGGUUCACCAAAUUCCAUAGGCCAUGUUUCCAUAUCUCAGUAUUAAUCCCUGGUAUUAAUCAUCCCAUCCAUUCCACAGGGAGCAGAACGGAGAAUCCGUGAUGAGGUGAGGAAGCAGAUCCGGAUGAAGCCCAAAGGUCAGAUAAGUAGUUUCCAUGGAGAUAAUAGUAAAGAACAUGCCGGUAAAGUUCUCCUGCAGUAAAGAGAGUACCUGUCUGGAUUCAACAGGAAGCUAUGAUUAGGGGUUCAGACUGGUGCAGCUGGGAAGGUGGAUGAUGGUUGCAUGAAUCUGAAUCAACUGAUGUCAGACUUCAGUUUCGAUUUUCCUACGCACCUGUGUACCUGUGAAAUUAGGUGUGCAGACGUUUUUGUUCUAUGUAGACUAACUAUGAGUAACCGUGCAUGUUGUUUCCCUCCCGCGGUCCAGGUAAGGAUGGGAGCCUGGUAGCAUUGAACAGGAAGCAAGACACAGUGUUCUUCAAGUCCGUCUCUAACCUGGACACCCAGCCUGUCUUGUUCAUCCCAGACGUCCACUUUGGGCACCUGCAGAGGACUGGACAGGUGAGAGACACUCUUGGAGACAACAGUUAAACCAGCCACUGUGACACACAGAAAAUGCAUGAGCCAAUACUGACCAGAAUGAUCCAGAAUAUCUCCUCUAUCACUUGGUAAUGAAAGUGUAUAUCCUUGAAAGCAAAAACCUUAUAGCGUGAUUCAUCUGUCUGUCUGUGUUGUCCAACCCUAGGUCUUUGCCUUCAACACAGAGGAGAUGGAGAGGGAU